AUAGUCGUAUGUCACAACAAAUAAUUAACCUGUAAAUAUUGUAAACAGAAAAUGUAUCGAAAUCAAUUAAAAUCUUUAAAAAAAUGUUGCAACAUAGAUUUCGUGAAAGGCUGCUAUUGCACCAAGAAGUUAAUCAAGGAAUAUGAUAUUAAAAAGCUAAGGAAUAUCGGCAUUUUGGCUCACAUCGAUGCAGGGAAAACAACAACAACAGAAAGAAUGUUGUUCUACUCUGGAACCAUCAGUCGAAUGGGUGAAGUUCACCAUGGUAACACAGUCACCGAUUUCAUGGAGCAGGAGAGAGAUAGGGGAAUUACAAUUAGAUCUGCAGCAGUAACAUUUCCAUGGAAAAAGAAUCAAUUUAAUUUAAUUGAUACACCAGGUCACAUAGAUUUCACAAUGGAAGUAGAGCAGACUCUCAAUGUGCUUGAUGGGGCUAUUAUAGUACUAGAUGGAUCUGCAGGUGUGGAGGCUCAAACUCAUACAGUUUGGAGGCAAUCAGAUAAAUAUAACAUCCCAAGGAUUGUGUUUGUGAAUAAAAUGGAUAGGCAGGAUGCAGAUUUGGAAAUGUGUUGCAAAUCUAUUGAAUCAAAAUUGGGCACAGAUGUAAUUGCACUUCAAUUACCACUUAGACAAGAUAAUAAGUUGAUCGGUUUGGUGGAUUUAUUAACUUUGGAGAAAAACAUUUGGGAUGCUACGUCGAAGGUAACCUGUGAGUCUUUAUCAGAGAAGUCGGAUGGAGCCUUGUGGACACUUGCAAACGAGGCAAGGUUAAAGAUAAUCGAUAAAGUAUCCGAGUAUGAUGACGAUUUGGCGAAUAAAAUAAUUGAAUCGGAGAGUUUGAGCUCCGUUAAUACUGUCGACAUUGUGAAAGGGAUUAGGAAGAUCGUUCUGGAGCGAAAAGCUGUGCCAGUGUUGUGCGGCAGCGCUUACAAGAAUAUAGGGAUCCAACCGCUGAUGGAUGGAGUCGUCUUGUAUCUGCCAUCCCCGAAUGAAAGAAAUAAGCAGUUCCGGUGCUUCGAGGAUGGAUUGUGCGCGAGGGUGUUCAAGAUCCUGCACGAUAAACAGCGGGGACCUCUGGUGUUUUGCAGAGUGUAUUCUGGGCAAGUUGAGCGUGGCCAGAAGUUCUAUAACAUUCAUCAGAAGAUCAACGAACAGUCCAAUAAAUUGUUGAUUGCUUAUGCCGAUGACUACGAAGAGAUUGGUUCAUUGAACAACGGAAAUAUCGCUGUCUUAACUGGACUUAAGAAUACUAUAACUGGAGAUAUCUUGACGAAUUCUGCUACAUCUGCUCAACGGGCGCAAAAGAAAUUGGCAGCAAGCAACGGGGAAAAUCUUUUUGAUUUGAGUGCGAGCAUUCCUGAACCCGUAUUCUUCUGUUCGAUAGAGCCACCGAGUUUAGCUUAUCAGACAGGCUUGGAAUUAGCAUUGGCUGAACUUCAGAGGGAAGACCCCAGUUUGAGAGUUACUCAUGAUCAUGAAACGGGACAAACGGUACUUGCUGGAAUGGGCGAGUUACACUUGGAAAUCAUCAAAGAUAGGAUAUUGAAGGAGUAUAAAAUUGAUGCGGAUCUGGGUCCUCUUCAAAUCGCGUAUUGUGAGGCUCCAAUGAGGAAGAUCGGGGGUGACGUCAAUGUUCAGACGCAGGUUGGAAACAGCAAGCAUUCGGUUGGUAUAAAUAUCAGUUUGAUUCCGGUCGAUAGAGAUGAUGGAAAGGGUGUCAUAAGAUUGGAUAAGAGCCCGGAUGCGGCCAGCCUUCUUGCUGCUGUUUUCCCGAAAAACAUGGCUGCUGUUCAUAGAGGGAUUGAAGUUGGUUUAAGUCACGGACCUAAGGUCGGAGCGCCAAUUACCAAUCUGCAAGUCGUACUGCAUUCUUUGGUGGUGGGUCGUGGUACAUCUGAAACUAUGGUAUCCGCAGCUGCCACACAGUGUAUACAAAAGUUAAUAAACGAGUCUGGGUCGACUGUUCUUGAGCCAAUUAUGCAUUUAGAAGUUGUUUGUCCUGAAGAAUAUUUAUCUGGUGUAAUGGCUGACCUUACCAAAAGAAGGGCUAUUAUACAGAAUGUUUCCAUUCGUGGAAGCAAUAAGAUGGUCACCUGCGAAACACCAUUAUCCGAACUGAUGCAAUAUUCGACGACUUUGAGAACGAUAACAUCUGGAACCGGCGUUUUCAAUAUGGAGUUCAUUGAGUAUAGAAUCAUGUCUGAAAUGGACGAAGAAAAGGCUAUCGAGAGUGUUAGGGGUUUUUAAUCCAUAUGCUCGUAUUGUUUAUUUAGUUAUAAUAUUUUGUUUUAAUUAUUAAUAAUUCUACUAAUAAUCGACUGUUUAUUCAGAGAAAUAUGAUUAUUAAGUUGAAUAUCAUCAAAAAAAAAAUGAAUUAAUAAUGUAUUUGUUGGUAUAAUAACAAUUAUAAUUUAUUAUAACAGUUACCAAAUAAUAACUACAUCAAUAAAC